AUGCAUAUCCAACCACGUCUCAUAUGGCAUGAGCCAUCCUCUUCCACGGGGCAUGGGAUUACUAUCGACUCCAUGAAUAAGGACCUAGACGCCACGUCUGGAGCGACCAAGUCUGAAACAACCGCCUCUUUGCCACCGCCAGCUGCGACCAGACCUCACCGGAAAUUGUGGAUGUACCGCGAACAGCUCAUCAGCCUGUAUUGGAUUCAGGACCUACCUUUGCGAGAGGUUCAAGAGAUUAUGAAAAGAGAACACGGGCUGGAUGUAAGCGACAAAGUCUACAAGCAGCAGUUCCGUAGGUGGGGCAUCCGCAAGAACAUCAAAAGACACGAGGCUCUGGAGCUGGCCAUGGGGCAGGAUUCCUCAUCCAUGUUUUGGCCAGUUGUCAGAGACGAGGAAUACGCGUCCCGCAUCGAUCGUCACCUGAAGAAGAGCAUACAUCGAUCAAACUCAGCAUCAACACAAGCUCAAACUUGGAUGAUGGCCUAUUCCAGGCAGUUCACAAACCCACCACGAAGGCUUCGAGGACCGGAUACACUGGAAAAGAUCGAGACGGCUAGUUACUACCUCAAUGUCUACAUCACUAGCCACCAUGAGAUGGACACGUGGUACCACACCGGCCCAUUCUUCGAAGAGCAGGAAAUUUUCAGCUCCGUUUUUAUCAGAGGUCUCGAGCGUCUGUCCCGGAAUGACCAGCAGCACCUGGCUUUCAGAGACAUCAACCGUGCCCUUGAUUGCCUGAAGCUGAUGGUUGAACGGAACCACCCAUUGGUAUACAUCCGACUGAUGGCCACCGCCGGUGCGUUUAUACAGUAUCCGAAGUCCGAGAUCUGCAAAUCCAUCUGCCGUUCGCUUUCGGAUUACGUAAGAAAGCUCUCACUGAUCAUCCACGGAACCAGCCACCCUCUGAAUCAUACGUGGGGUGAGGUCCUGCAUCUAUCGUCGGCCGAAGGUCCCGAGUCGUUUGUUCUGGGAGUCGGCGUAGACUUGGCCAAAAAGUGCAUGGCCAGCAAGCCCAAUCACGCCAUGGGGGUUUUCGACAUUGCCAAGUGUGUUCCCAGCGAUGCAAGAGGCCUACUAGAUGAGGCCUCUCUCCGUGGUAGUCUCAUGGAAGUGGCCUCACGUCCAGACCUUGUAUCGAAGGCGCAAGAGACGAGACUCGCACUCUCUGAGCUCCUGCUCAACCAGCAGAGAAUAUCUGAAGGUUAUCACUUCUAUACGGAAGCAAUGUCAUACCAGGAUGUUGAUCCACUCCGUCGUGCGAGCAAGGCUUUUUGGACGGCGGAGCUGAAAUGGAGGGCCGGAAACACUUGGGCAUCCAUCGAUGCCCUGAAGUCCGCCCUGGCAUAUGCCGAAGCUGAAUCCAUGGGGGAAAAUGGAACAGCGGGAAAAUUAAAGGAGCAGAUCGAUGAGGUUUUGCGCCGUAGGCUGAGUCUGGUUCGAUGGAGCGAAACGAACAAAUAUGUUCAGACUGGAAACAGAUCCCGGGAGAUCUAUUCUUCAGCACGAGAGACAAGUGACAUGGACAGAUCAAGUGCUUAG